AUGGUCAUUUUUCUUUAUCAUCUUCCGGUUUCGGAUGCUGGUAACGGUGCUAUUGGAGGAUUUAAUGGACCAAUGCUGAAGGCGAGUAGCAGUUCCCAGUUUCUGGGCAUUGCUGGUCAAGCAGACACCAUCACAUUGACUUACUUCUCUAACAAGAGGAUCAAAGACUCAAUUGUCCAUCACGAAGAUCAAACAGAGAAAGGUACAUGCCCUGUAACUGUUGAGAGCAGUCUGCUGAUCCCGGACGGCAGUCAACCAGUUGCACAGAGUGUGUUGACUUUGUCUUCCUCCUCCUCAUCGAUUCUGAAGAAGGCCAACAAGCCCUGCAACUUCACCAGCACCUCAGCCCCAGCGCCUCAGCCCCAGCACCUCAGCCCCAGCCCCUCAGCCCCAGUGCCUCAGCCCCAGCACCUCAGCCCCAGCCCCUCAGCCCCAGUGCCUCAGCCCCAGCACCUCAGCCCCAGUGCCUCAGCCCCAGCACCUCAGCGCCAGUGCCUCAGCCCCAGCACCUCAGCGCCAGUGCCUCAGCCCCAGCACCUCAGCGCCAGCGCCUCAGCCCCAGCACCUCAGCCCCAACACCUCAGCCCCAGCACCUCAGCCCCAGCUCCUCAGCCCCAGCCCCUCAGCCCCAGUGCCUCAGCCCCAGCACCUCAGCCCCAGUGCCUCAGCCCCAGCACCUCAGCGCCAGUGCCUCAGCCCCAGCACCUCAGCGCCAGUGCCUCAGCCCCAGCACCUCAGCGCCAGUGCCUCAGCCCCAGCGCCUCAGCGCCAGUGCCUCAGCGCCAGCGCCUCAGCCCCAGCACCUCAGCCCCAGCUCCUCAGCCCCAGCUGCUCAGCCCCAGCUCCUCAGCCCCAGCACCUCAGCCCCAGUGCCUCAGCCCCAGCUCCUCAGCCCCAACACCUCAGCCCCAGCACCUCAGCCCCAGCUCCUCAGCCCCAACACCUCAGCCCCAGUGCCUCAGCCCCAGCUCCUCAGCCCCAGCGCCUCAGCCCCAGCUCCUCAGCCCCAACACCUCAGCCCCAGUGCCUCAGCCCCAACACCUCAGCCCCAGUGCCUCAGGCCCAGCACCUCAGCCCCAGCUCCUCAGCCCCAGUGCCUCAGGCCCAGCUCCUCAGCCCCAGCACCUCAGCCCCAGCUCCUCAGCCCCAGUGCCUCAGGCCCAGCUCCUCAGCCCCAGCACCUCAGCCCCAGUGCCUCAGCCCCAGCACCUCAGCGCCAGUGCCUCAGCCCCAGCGCCUCAGCGCCAGUGCCUCAGCCCCAGCACCUCAGCGCCAGUGCCUCAGCCCCAGCACCUCAGCGCCAGUGCCUCAGCCCCAGCGCCUCAGCGCCAGUGCCUCAGCGCCAGCGCCUCAGCCCCAGCACCUCAGCCCCAGCUCCUCAGCCCCAACACCUCAGCCCCAGCACCUCAGCCCCAGCUCCUCAGCCCCAACACCUCAGCCCCAGUGCCUCAGCCCCAGCUCCUCAGCCCCAGCACCUCAGCCCCAGCUCCUCAGCCCCAACACCUCAGCCCCAGUGCCUCAGCCCCAACACCUCAGCCCCAGUGCCUCAGGCCCAGCACCUCAGCCCCAGCUCCUCAGCCCCAGUGCCUCAGGCCCAGCUCCUCAGCCCCAGCACCUCAGCCCCAGCUCCUCAGCCCCAGCUGCUCAGCCCCAGCUCCUCAGCCCCAGCACCUCAGCCCCAGUGCCUCAGCCCCAGCUCCUCAGCCCCAACACCUCAGCCCCAGCUCCUCAGCCCCAGUGCCUCAGCCCCAGCGCCUCAGCCCCAGCUCCUCAGCCCCAGCACCUCAGCCCCAGUGCCUCAGCGCCAAUGCCUCAGCCCCAGCACCUCAGCGCCAGUGCCUCAGCCCCAGCACCUCAGCCCCAGCACCUCAGCGCCAGUGCCUCAGCGCCAAUGCCUCAGCCCCAGCACCUCAGCGCCAGUGCCUCAGCCCCAGCACCUCAGCCCCAGCACCUCAGCGCCAGUGCCUCAGCCCCAGCACCUCAGCCCCAGCACCUCAGCGCCAGUGCCUCAGCCCCAGCGCCUCAGCGCCAGUGCCUCAGCCCCAGCACCUCAGCGCCAGUGCCUCAGCGCCAGUGCCUCAGCCCCAGCGCCUCAGCACCAGUGCCUCAGCCCCAGCUCCUCAGCGCCAGUGCCUCAGCGCCAGUGCCUCAGCCCCAGCGCCUCAGCGCCAGUGCCUCAGCAGUAUCUCACAAGGACCUCUCCAGCACGUCCACCCUACCUCAGCCCACUACCAUCAAGCAGGGGAACGUGGAACAUGUUCCACCAAAAAGAAUCCAGGGAAGCUUGUAGUUCUUGGAAUCGCCACUGGGAAUCUCUUCACCCUGUCCAGCAUGAAGCCUUGCACCUAA